AUGACUGACAUGAGCAUGAGGUUGUUGCUCAGACCCAACACAACAGAAGUGCAACCACAGCGUGUCUUUUCUCCAGGGCCCCCAGCCACUUACCCCAGCAAGCCCGUCCGUCUGGCUGGUCCUGGGCACAACGUGCCACACAGCUGCAGUCCUCCCACCCAACAUCAUCGUUUGCACGAGCAGCUUGCCACAACCCCUCUCGUCCCUACGGAGUACAGAUUCGGGUGUCACAGUGCAGUGUCGGAAUGA